CUCCUUCCCUGCCUGACAACACCAGCGCUGCCAUCCCAUAAUAUUCAUGCACACAUUCGUGCACAGCAGUGCAGCUCUUUGUUGGCUGAGCCUCGUGCACGGCGUCAUGUUUCUGCUUCGCAUGGCUCUGAUGGCACGAGGCCUCCGAGCUGAAGGUGGAAACUCUCCGGCUCCUAAUGAGGUUCUGAUGGGAACCUGUCGAUGACGUCCACCAGAACCAGAACCAGAAGCGUCCACAUCAAGUCUCUCCCACUAAAACAUGUCAGGCUGAAGCUUUAACAAGCGGCUGCAGCCUGGCGACAGUCGCAGCGCUGCGGCCGCAGAUAAAGACGAUUAUUUACGAGGACGAGCUGAGGCGCCGGACAUGACAGUGCUGCUCGUCACCAUGGCGUCGCCGUGGGAGACGGCGGAAGACGUCACUCUGAGGAACUGGACACAAAGGAGGAAGACGGCAUGACAACUCAAACAGGAGAACAGAACCGGUGUCACUGGGUUCAGGUGGACGACAGCAGGUUCUGGACGGAGACUGAAUCCGGUCAGAACAGGUUCCACCAGAACCUGCGUCACUGAGGUCCAAACACACAAAUUCAUAAAAUCAGUAGCAUAACCUCGACCCCAUACGGGUCAUUAGAGACUCAGAGAACAGAACCAGAACACAGUCAGAACCAGAAUCUACACAAAACAUAUAAAAUGUGGAAUAAUGUCCAGUCACGGUUCUUGAUACAGAACCUUUAAAGAGCAUAAAUACUCAGGUUGAGAUGAAACAACUAAGUAGCAAACGUGGAAGAAAUGUCACUGAAGUGUGAAUCAGAGCAGAAGAACAAAGAGGAACUAAUCAGAACCUGUUCACAGUAAAAUAUUAAACAUCAGAACCAUGAAGCAGAGCCAGACUCUAGGUCCAGACUCUGGUCCAGGUUCUGGUCCAGACUCUCGGUCCAGUCUGUGGUUCUCCUGCUGGACUGGAGCCUCCUCCUCCAUCUCCUGAUUUAUUGGCCUCAGUUCCAAUAUUUGUCGGCGCUGUGUUUUCCUCCCCUUGUCUAAAUGUCACCAGUUCUUCAAGACAAUGAGGAGGACGGAGAGAGAACCGAGGGCAGCGGGGGGAACCGGGCCGGAGGAGGGCAGUGGGGGGGAACCGGGCCGGAGGAGGGCCACUCGUAAAACCAGCACAAGGUUUGGGAAAAUUAAACAUUAGUGAGAAUAGAGGAGGAACCAGAAGAAGCCUCACUGAUUCAUCUACGCUGGAGGUUCUAUGAAAGCUGCAGGAGAUCCAGAACACCUGGGUCAGAAUUAGAACAUCUGGAUCAGAACCAAGUCCAGGUUCUGGUGUCGCCUCACAAACACAACAGAAGUAAAACUGUUAAUACAGAACCUAAAGUUGCUCCAUCAGCAUCACACUGCCUCCCUUCUCCCCCUUCCUUCUCCUUCUUCCCCUUCCUCCUACUUCCUUCCUCUUCCUCCCUCCUUUUCCUGCUUCCUCCUUCUGCCUCCCUUUCCUUCCACUUCCUGUUUCCUCCCCCAGCCUCCUCCUUAAUCUUCACCUGUCUCUUCCUUCCACCUCAUAUUCCUCUUCCUCCCUCUGCCUCCUACUCCUUCCUCUUCAUCCUUCCACUUCCUCUUUCCUCCCCCUUCUUCCUCACCUUUCCUCCCUCUUUAUUCCUCUCCCUCCUCCUCCUUUCUCCUCCUUAAUCCUCCCCUGCCUCCUCCAUCCAUUUCCUCCUUCCUUCCCCUGCCUCCUUUCUCCUCCUGUCUCAUUUCUCCCCUUCCUCCUUCCCGCUCCUUCCAUCUCCUCCUUCCUCUUCCUGCAUCCUCUGCCUCCUCCUUCUACCUCCCCUUUCUUCCUCCUUCCACCUCCUCUUUCUUCCUCCUUCCACCUCCUCCUUCCUCCCCCUUCCUGCCCCUCCUUCCAUCUGCUCCUUCCUCUUCCUGCAUCCCCUGCCUCCUCCUUCCAUCUCCUCUUUCCUCCUCCUCCUUCCUCUCCUUCCACCUCCCCUUUCUUUCUCCAUCCUCCCCCUGUCUCCUCCCCCUGCCUCCUUUAUAACCGUCCCUCCCUCUCUGCUCCCGUUAUUCUCCUCUGGUUUGUUUCUCACAGCAGAACUGCCUCAUGAUGCUGCCGUCUCUAGAACCGGUUCCUGUUGGUUCUGUUGGAUCUGAACUUCUGGCUCGUUUGUGGUAGAACCUGUUAUCCCGCAUGGACUCAUUUUUGUGCGUGAAGGAGUUUUUCUUGCAGUUUGUAGAACCGAGCCGUAAGUAUGUUCCUGCUGACAGAACACGAGAACAACCUGAUGAACAAGUUCUCUGAUUAACAUUUUGAACGUCUGAUCCACUCAGUGAGAGAACGAAGAACCAGCAGCUGACAGAGAAGCAUGAACUGAUAUGUGGGGAUCAUCCCCAGACUGAACAGAACCACAGCAGACCUGCAGACGGACGGACCUCCUCCUGCUGUCCACAGAUCAGCCUGACGGACGGACGGACGGACAGACAGUCUGAUGCCAACUGUCUCCGCCGUCAAUCUCUCGGCACCACUCCUCCUCCUGUUGCUAUGGGCAACCCACUGCUCCAUGGCAACCAACUGGCUCUCCCUGGCGAGGUUUCCCCGGUCCAGGCCCGUGUCCGGUUCUGCCCCCUGCGCACGGCUCCGGGGUCUGACCGCGGGGCAGGUGGGGGUGUGCAGGGCUCGAGGGGAGGUGAUGGAGUCCGUACGGAAGGCGGCCGAGAUGGUCAUCGAGGAGUGCCAGCACCAGUUCAGGAACCGCCGCUGGAACUGUUCCACGACGCCUCGAGGGAUCAACGUGUUCGGUCGAGUGAUGAAUCAAGGAACUCGUGAGGCGGCCUUCGUCCACGCUCUGUCCUCGGCGGCGGUAGCGGUGGCCGUGACCCGGGCCUGCACCCGCGGAGAGCUGGAGAGGUGUGGCUGCGACAGGAAGGUCCGAGGGGUGAGCCCCGAGGGGUUCCAGUGGUCCGGCUGCAGUGAUAAUCUGUCCUACGGCGUCGCCUUCUCCCAGACCUUUGUGGACGAACCGGAGCGGGCCAAAGGGCUGUCAGCUGGACGGCCGCUGAUGAACCUGCACAACAACGAGGCCGGACGAAAGGCCAUCCUCCACAACAUGCAGGUGGAGUGUAAAUGUCACGGCGUCUCCGGAUCCUGUGAGCUCAGAACCUGCUGGAAGGUGAUGCCUCCGUUCAGGCGAGUCGGCGUCGUGCUGAAGGAACGCUUCGAUGGAGCCACAGAGGUCCGUCUGACCCGAAUUGGGUCCAGAACGGCGCUGCUUCCUCGGGACCCACAGGUGAAACCUCCGGCUGCCAGAGACUUGCUGUACCUGGCUCCGUCCCCGGACUUCUGCCACCUGGACCCGGAUAACGGGAUUCCUGGGACGGCGGGUCGGAGGUGUAACGGAACGUCCCGACUCGCUCCGGACGGCUGUGAGCUGGUGUGCUGUGGACCCGGAUACCGGGCGGGUCGGGCCGAGGUGGUGCAGCGCUGCUCCUGCAAGUUCUCCUGGUGCUGCUCGGUCCGCUGCCAGCAGUGCAAGAACACGGUCACCAUUCACACCUGCAGAGUGUGAGAUGCACCAAGCAGAACCAGAACCAGAACCGAGCAGCAGGCUGACGGAACAGAACCCGGAUCAGACACCAAAUGAUUUCUACAGUUUUACUUUAAUCUGGAGUUUGGUUUGAAAUGUUCUGCUGUAGAAGCUGCAGAACUCAGAGAACAAACACGACCCGUCUCUAACCCGACUCAGAUUCAGAACCGGAUCAGACAUCAGUUAUUGACUCACUGAACUGACAGAAGGUUUGAAGCUGAACUUAACCAGAACUAACAACCUGCAGCAGCUUUGAUCCUAAACUAGCUCUGUGUUGAUUCUGGUUUAUUUAUUUGGUGAAUAACUUUACUGACGUCAUCAAACUGUGGUUCUGAGCAGCUUGUAGGUCCAAACCUUAAUAAACUCAGUAGUUCCAUCAAA